AUGGCUUCAGUUGUUUUGUACGCAGCCAGUGCUGUUGGGUUGUGGGCAGCGGCAAGGCUUUACAACCAGCAGCCAGCUACCAAUCCAACGGCCUGCAACCUCCUCAAUUCCCAACUUCAAGGACUUAUUUCUCUCACCCACAGUCCCGGCUUCAACGAGUCUAUCGGUUCUUUCUUCAGUUACCAAGAACGAAACGUCCAUCCAGCGUGCGUGGUCCGGCCCACCUCCGCCCAAGAUGUCUCGAUCAUUGUUGAGACCAUGGCCGUCGCGCACCGCGAGCGGGGUGAGCAGUUUGCCAUCCGCAGCGGCGGACACGGCUUGUUUGCCGGUGCAGCCAAUAUUCAGGACGGCGUUACCGUCGACCUCCGCAGCAUGAGCACCGUCGAGGUGAGUUCCGACCGUGCGACCGUGCAGAUCGGAGCCGGGGCCCGCUGGCUCCAGGUCUACCAGGUCUUGGAUCCGCUCAACGUCACCGUCACGGGGGGACGCGAUGCUGCCAUUGGGGCCGGAGGCUUCUUGACGGGCGGGGGCAUCGGCGUCCCCAGCGUGACGGCCGGAUGGGGCUGCGACGACGUGCUGGAGUACGAGAUCGUCGUGGCCAGCGGGGAGAUCCUGCGCGUCUCUACAGACAGACAUCCGGAUCUCUGGGUGGCCCUGAAAGGCGGGUCGAACAACUUCGGCGUGGUAACCCGGUUCACCAUGCGGACGCACCCGCUCGGCAAGCUCUGGGCGGGCUUCACCGCGUAUCCCGGGGCGGAAGCGCCGCGCCUCCUGGCCGCGUACUCGGACUUCAUGGAGCCGGCGAACCUGGACCCCCACGCGGGCUUGAUCGAGUCGUACGGGUGGACGAGUAAGCACGCGGCCGUCCAUGCGACCCUCAUCAUGCUGUACUCCCAGCCACACCCGUACCCCGCCGUCUAUCAAAACCUGAUUGACAACAGUACGGUGUUGUACAACACCCUGCGAGUGACUCACAUGUCCGACUUCGCCAUUGAGGAGGAUACCUACCAGGUUCCCGGAUUCAGCACGAUGUACUACACCACCACCUUCGCCCACGAUCCCGCCAUGUACUCGGCCAUUUUCGACCUGUACAACAAAUCCGUGACCUCAAUCUCAGGGGUCAAAAACAUGAACUGGUACAUCAGCUUCCAGCCGACCCCCUCCCUGCACGCCCGCAACAGCUUGGGUCUGGAUCCCGCCGACAAACGACUGGUCAUUUUUCUGCUGGUGGCUUUCUUCCCUGAUCCGAGCGAUGCGGCGCUGGUACAUGGGACAGCCAUGCAGCUCAUCGAGGCGAUUGAGGAAGUCACCAAAGAUGCCGGGGUGUAUCGGCCGUUCAAGUAUAUGAACUACGCCGAUGCAGCCCAGGAUGUCAUUGGUGGGUAUGGGGAGGAGAGUGUGGCGGCGCUGCGGCGGGCGAGUCGGAAGUAUGAUCCCGAGGGAUUGUUUCAGGCGGGGGUACCUGGGGGGUUCAAGCUCUUUGUAUAG